CACAAAACAGAUUGUUCAAUUCGGGAAAUCCAUCAAAAACCCAAACAUAUCCAUCAAUUUAAAAUCAUCAAUCAAUAUAUUGGGCAUUAAGCUACCUAUUGGCGUGGUAUUUGUGAUAAUUUUUGAUACUUGUUGCUGUUUGUUUUGGUUGAUUUUAGCGCGCUCUAGGAAUUUUGGGUCAUUGUUGUGUGCGUACGGGUUUUAAAAGAGACGUGAGAAGUAUUGGGAAAUUUAGUUUAGUCAAUUCCAACAAAAACAUUUGAUAAAGAGUAUUCAAUAUAUUCAAUUGAAACUAAGAAUUGAUAGAUAUUUUGAAGGUUUUAUUGGGACUUUGGUUUAGUUAUUGAGAUAGAGAGCAUAGAGUGAAAUUUGUAUUAUAUUGUUCACAAUAUGAGUGAAAUAUCAUCUGCAAAGAUUGCAUCACCAUUGCCUGUUUCUUCAAACACAACUACUCCUACAAUUCAGCAGAAUACGAUAGAGACAACACCCAAUGCUAAAAAUGGUGGAAUCAAGGCUAAUGCUAAUUCAUUAUCUAAAAGAAUUGAAGUUGAGAAUUUAGCUAAAGAAUUUCAAAAAAAAUUGGGAAAUAAUUGGGACAAAUAUCAAAGUACAAUUAGUGCCUUUUUGGUGGGGAAAUUAUCAAGAAAAGAACUAACUAAUGUGCUAGAUGAAUUAUUAACAGAUUCUAAAAUGGUUAGAAUGCAUAAUCAAUUAUUAUUGGCUAAUUUAGCAAAUUCUUUAAGAGAUGGUCCAAAUUCAGCAUCUGCAAAUUCUGGGUUUGGUGGUGCUGGUUUAAAUAAACGUAAAAAAGAUGGUCGUGUUAAAGCUUCUUCUCAAUAUGAAAAGUUGAAAAAAGAUAUAAUGGGAUUACCAAUUAGAGAAAGACGUCGUAUAAAAUCAAUAACUAGAGAUUCUGGGAAAAGAUCAAUGGCCAAUUCUGCAUUAACUUUAACUAGACAAAGUUUACUCCCCAAAAUCCCAUAUGUUAGUGAUAAAGAUAAAGCCGUUACAGGAAAUACAGUAGAAUGGACACAAGAUAUAAGUCAUGGGAUUCAAACUUUAUUAUCAACAGAAACUUUCACAUUACCGGAUAAUGAAAACUUGAAGAGUAGGAUGUUGGGUAUUGCAAGAGAACAUGGGCUAACUGGUAAUCUUGAUAAAAAUGUUGUUGAGUUCACUUAUCUUGGAUUAGAAACUUAUUUGAAAGGUAUGAUUGAACAAGCUAUAGAUACAGUACGUUAUAGAAAGCAAAAAUAUGCUGCUGAUGAUGUGCUGGAUACAUCAAAUCCUAAAGAACCACUAAAGAGGAAAAGACAGAGAAAAGUUACAUUGACCAAUGAAGAUAUGGUUGAUACUUUUAAUUUAUUCCCUUAUCUAAUCGAGCCUGGUGGUCCUGUUUAUAGAUUGCAUGAUACUCAACUACAUGAUGAUACAUAUGUUGAAGAAAAGACUGCAAUAGAUUCAAUACUCAAACCAAGAUCUGAAGUUUUCAAAACACCAUUAAUAGCAAAACCACAUCAAUCACCAUUAUUACAACAAAAACAUGCUGAAAAACCAUCACCAUCACAACAACCAGAAACUAAUGAAACCAAAGUGAAAACAGAAAAUGGCAUUGAUGCUCAAAUUAAUGAUAAUAAAGAAAAUGGCAAAAAAGAUGAAGCUCAACCCGAAAACACUUCAACUCCAAACAAGCCCCCUGUUGCUAAUGGAACCAACGAUUCAGUCAACUCUAAUGUUGGUUCAAAAGAUGAGUUGAAUUGGUUAAUUUAUGACAUCCUAUCAACU